AUGCUCAUUAUUAGUAACAUUUCUAAUAAACUUAUCCGAAUUUUUUCAAACUACCUUGAUUAUGCAGAAAUGAAGAAAUAUACAUAUAAUUCAUUUAGCAGUCAAAAUAAAGAACGAAACAAAAUUAAAAAUAAUAUUAAAUAUAAAAUGAUUCAAAAAUAUUAUAUUAUAACAAUCGUUUUUUUCUUAUGUCUAUUAGGAAUAUAUGUACUCCCCUAUACAAAUAAUUUACCCAAUAAAAACAUAAACACAAGAAACUUAGCAGAUACAAGGUCAGAAGAAGACGAAAAACAAAAUGAAGCAGUUGGUGGAGAAAUAGGAUUGACAUGGGGAUAUAAUUCCUUAGAUGACCCAGAUUUUCAAGUACUUGUAGAUAAAUGGAGUGAUUUUGAAAAAAGAGUGUCAGCUGAAUGGCAUGAAAUUGACAGAAUGGAAAUUAAUCAAUUAAAGAAUACAUUAUUAGCUGCUUGGAUAUCAGCAAUUUUAGUAACUACAAUACCAGAUGAACAUUAUGUUAUAUUUAACAAUUGGUUCCAAAUGAGCUUGACUUUAUCUCAUCAACGUAAUCUGAAAAAUGAAGAAGAUAAUAAAACCUUAGAAUUCUUAAUGAAAAAAUUGAAAUAUAAAGCUUUGAAUGGACAAAUCAAAAACUGGCAUAUAGAAGUAUAUGAUUAUUGGAGACAUAUUGUACAAAUGAAAAUAUCAAAAAAUAAGGAAUGGGCUACAUAUAAUAAUGAAAUAUGUAAUACGUGGGUUAAAAGUUUAUUUAACUAA